CCCCGCGAUCUGCGCGUGGCCUCGGCUGCAGACACAUCGGCGGUGGGCACAAAGCCUCCCUUUGGCGAACCACCCUCUAGUGAAAACGGCCCAGGGCCGAAACCGACGGACCUGGACCCGCAAAAAUGACGGCCGCGACGCCCUCUCGCGAACCGAGAACGGCCAAUUCGCUGAUCGACGUAUCAGGGCAGGAGGUCGAUCACCUCCGAAUACAGGAGUGACCCUAGGCAAAAGUGCCCUUUGGUGCGCGGCUUCAGGGGGCCGCGGGGGAGGCCAAAUGCAUGCAAUCCAAGCGCGCCAGCAAGUGCUGGCGGGACCCCGCCGGGCCCGCACCAAAAGGUCACUCCAGCGAAGGGUCGCUCUUGCGCUCUUACGCGCAGCCGAUGGCCGGAGGAGCCGGACGCCGAGCGCGUCAGCUCCGCCGGCGACCGCCGUGCCGCGUCCGCGGGCUCCGAGGGCAACGGCGGCGGCGCGGCGGUGUCUGGGCCAGACGCCUGCCGCGAGCGCGCGCCGCCCAGAGCCACGCGGGAGGCGCCGGGAUCCUGCGGCCCCCGUCGGCGCACGUCAGCGGCAGCCAGGGGCAAGCCCAUGCUCCGGAGGGCGAGGGCCUGCGUGUCCUCCGGUGCCCACGAGAGCUGGCUGCGCAGGGCGAGGAUGGCCGCCGCGGCCAGGGCGAGCAGCAGCACCGAGGCGGCGCCGAGGCGCGUGCACGGGCCCGCCAUGGGCGGCCCCUGCCCGUUCGGCCCGCAUGGCCCGUCGCCCGGGCGCGACCGGGCCACGGACCGGGAGGUGCGGGGCGGCGCCGCCAAGCGAGAGUGCGCGUGGCGGAGCCGCCACGCGAGGGCCGGGGGUCCCACAACGGUGCGGCGCCAGGCUGCUCGACCUCCAAAACCCACGAGAACUCACGGAUUUGAGAUCUUGGAUUAGACGACAGGACCUCCCCGGGGGCCGCCCAGCGGCCACAGCGGCCUGAGCCAAAAUGGCU